GCUGUUACAUUAUAUGUAUAUAUAUAUACACUUAUAGAUAUAUAUCUAUAUGUAUAUAUUUGAAGCAAUGGAUACUCUGUUAUCACCAGUAAGGAACAAAUUCCAAUACCUUUGUUGAUCAUGCCAAAGUUUUAAACCCUAUGGUAAAAUGCACUUGUUUGAUGAUUAUCUCAAAACCAAGAGAAAAAAGUAUUCUUUAUUCCUUUUUCACAGCAAAUUUGGAGUCAUAGAGGUAUUGGUGCCAUCUCCUGGGACAAGGAGUUUUUCAAAGUUUCAUGCAAGGAGUCUUUGAAAGCAGAGUUGACUUCCAGCAUCUCCUCUGCAGAAACUCAUACUCCAGAUGAACUUAGAGCCAUUUCUCUGAUACGAACCCCCGAGUAUUCACCUGCUCCUCCAAACUUCACUCUGAACACGAGGGCGUUCCGUCUGCCUGUUCUGAUUACUAAACCCACAGAUAAAGUCAAGGAGGUAGCUGGUGGAUACAGGCUCCAGACAACAAAGGACAAAUUGGAGGCUCUCCUAGAGACGGUAAAGAGCUUACAAAUAAACUUCCACUGUUCAUACAAUCCCCCUGUGGUUGCAGGUGAGACUAUGGUUCCAGCACCUCCAAAUGUUCCUCAAACAAAGAUGAUAAAAGCUAUACCUAAGCUGUUCAAGCACACUGAAAGGGCUGUUAGUAAACCAAGGAAGAAGCCAGUGACGGGGAGUGUCUACAAACCCCGGACUUCAACUGUCAGAAAAGAGCUUCAGCCACUGUUGAACCCUGUGGAGAGCCUGUCUCACUGCCUGCAGCAGAUGUCCUCAGAUGACUGGAGGAAGAAAAUCAUUGGGAUGAGAAUUAUUCAGGCUCUGACACUGCAUCACCCACAGACCCUGAAGACCAAACUCCACCAAGUGUGUUCAGUCCUCAUUCAGGAGGUGAAAAACCUGCGCUCUGCAGUGGCCUGUGAAGCCAUCUCCACUGUGGGUGGCCUUUACGUGAACCUCCAGACUGCCAUGGACCAAGAGGUAGAGCGCACCGGCAAAGCCCUGCUGUUGUCAAUGGCACAAAACAGAGCGGCCUUUUGUAAAAAGCAGACCAGUCUGGCCCUGGACGCCAUGGUGAAAAACUGCAGCCUCACACAAAUCGUCAAUGUUCUGCUAAACACGGGGCUGAUGCACCCUCAUGCUGUGGUACGAGCGAGCAUGGCCCAACACCUGCACCAGGUGGUCCAAAGAGUCGGACCUGCUCGCAUCUUGACCACAGAAAGGAGCUUCACAGAGCCAUUCCUCAGAGCUGUUGCGAAAAUGUCUAUGGAUGCAGCUCCAGAUGUGAGGCACCAUGGACAACUAAUGUUCCAGGAGAUGGCUCGACAAAGGGACUUUAUGAGACAGUGGGAGAAGCUCAGACCAGAAGACGAAAGGUUACAACUGAUUAAAAUUAUAAAUAAGGUUCGAAGAGUUAAAAAUGGAGACUCACAGUCCAGACUUAUCUGAGAUAACAUUUAAGUCAAGGCUAGAAAACCUUGAUGAAUUAGAGGGGCCCCUGACUACCAGUGUGAGGGUAAUUUAAGUACUGUGCAAAGACGUAUUAAAUCAACAUUGUAAUUGUUUUUGUGUGUUAAUACAGAUGUUUACUACAACAGCUGUGCUCCUGUCUUACCUGAAGUAACCCCUCAUUCUCUUUUUUU